GUGGGCAGCUGUGCUUGGUGUUUGGUUCGCGCCAGAAGAACCUGAGGAUAACUCUGAGCCACAGCAUUGAUCUCCGGACUGUCCAGGCAGCACAGAGGGAUUAUGACAGCUGGCCUGGGCCACUGAGGGACUGAUAAUCAGGUGUGAGCGCUCGGUGCCUGUUGAAAGUGACCGCACAGCCAGAUUAUGCAGCAUCCUUUGGACAUGGGGGCGCAUUACUAUCCUCCGGAAAUUCACCCCGACCACAGAACACAUCGUUACAGGAGUUUCAUGAUAGAGGAAAUCCUGACCGAUCACCCGGAGCACAAAGCGUCGGCUCCGACCGGGGAGCUCCUCAAGUUCGGUGUACAAGCUCUGCUGUCCGCCCGGCCUUUCCACAACCAACUGGUGUUAAAAACCGACCAGACAAGCCUCCUCAAGUUCCCGCUGUCCCCGCUGUCCUGCUCGCUGGGCUCCCCGCUUGGCCCCGCGCUGCUGUCCGCGGGUCCGGGCCUGCAAGUCGGCGCGGCGUCUCACCACCUGCCGCUGGAUCUGCACCUCCGCGGGAAGCUGGAGCACGGAGCCGACGGAGGCAGCAAAACCAAGAAGGGCCGCCGGAGCCGCACCGUGUUCACCGAGCUGCAGCUCAUGGGCCUGGAGAAACGCUUCGAGAAGCAGAAGUAUCUCUCUACGCCCGACAGAAUAGACCUGGCUGAGUCUCUGGGUCUCAGUCAGCUGCAGGUGAAAACAUGGUACCAGAACAGAAGGAUGAAGUGGAAGAAAAUAGUGUUGCAGGGAGGAGGCCUGGAGUCUCCGACUAAACCAAAAGGCCGUCCGAAGAAGAACUCCAUCCCCAGCAGCGAGCAGCUCUCUGAGCAGGAGAGGUCCGGGACCGAUGCUGACCGUCAGUCUGAAGGCUCGAGCUCUAACUCAGAAAACACUCAGGAGGAAUGACCCGGCCUCAUGCCUGCAGAGACUCUGACUCCUACAUGCAGAACCUCUCACCACACUCACUGUGCAUCUUCUGGAUGAGAGCGGACUCCCUGAUGGUGCGGAGGAUGCGUGCUAAUGCAAACCAAAGACUUUUGCAGGCGCUGCCGAAACUGUACAAGGCAACAUCUUCCAACAGCCAUUGUGUUUUUGUCGUAGCCCUACCAUGCAUUCCCUCAUGAUGAACUUGCUGCUGUUGAGGAGGGAACUCAAACCUUUUGCAGUAGGUCCAACCCUUUAUAUUCUAAGGAUCCACUCUCACUCAUCUGUUUUGCAUUCCCUUUGUGUA